UUUGUCAUUGUUGAAUUGAAGCAUGUUUUAUCCAGAUUUUCAUUAACUUCUUCUCAAAUGCUUCUAUUUAGAAACAUGAGACUUCUAUCCUGGAUGACAUCUAUGUUUGCAAUACAUGUACUCAGUGCUACUGAGUCAAGGCCUAACUUUAUUCUCAUUAUGGUUGACGACCUUGGAAUUGGAGAUGUUGGGUGUUACGGAAACAACACGAUAAGAACACCAAAUAUUGACCGAUUAGCUAAAGAAGGUGUGAAGCUUACUCAGCAUCUAGCAGCUUCUCCUUUAUGUACACCAAGUAGAGCUGCAUUUUUGACCGGCAGAUAUCCAGUAAGAUCAGGUAUGGCGUCAGAUUCCAGAAUUGGAGUGUUCAUAUUUUCUGCCUCUUCAGGAGGACUUCCCAAAGAGGAACUAACAUUUGCCAACGUGUUAAAGAAAGAAGGAUACUCGACAGCACUUAUUGGAAAAUGGCACCUAGGACUGAACUGUCAGCAUAACAGUGAUUAUUGCCACCACCCUCUGAAUUAUGGAUUUGAUUACUUUUAUGGAAUGCCAAUGACAAAUCUAAGAGAUUGCCUUCCCGGGCAUGGAAGUGUAUUCAUAGCUGGAGCUGCCAGUUAUAUCAAGAUUUUGUUUCAAAUCACAAGUAUUACCAUUGUUACAGCUUUACUUUUGCACUACAAUGGAAUUAUCAAGAUACGCUGGAAGAUGCUCCGUUAUUGUCUGUUAUUUUUCAUGUUUUUAUUUGGAAUAGUGGUUUUCUUUUUUUGGAACUUUCGGUACUUGAAUUGUUUUUUGAUGAAGAACCACCAAAUUAUUCAACAACCUGUGUCACAUGAGAACCUCACACAAAGGAUGACAACAGAAGCUGUGGAUUUUAUUUUGAGGAACAAGGAGAAUCCUUUCCUUCUAUUUAUGUCCUAUGUUCAGGUCCAUACAGCUCUUCAUACUGCCCAACAUUUCAGAGGAAAAAGUAAACAUGGCCUAUAUGGUGACGCUACGGAAGAGGUGGAUUGGAGCGUAGGAACCAUUUUGAAUGCAUUAGAUAAAAACCUCCUUCAGAAUAACACAUUGGUGUAUUUUACAUCUGAUAAUGGUGGACAUUUAGAGGAAAUAUCUUCAUCUGGUGAAGUUCAUGGGGGAUGGAAUGGGAUUUAUAAAGGAGGAAAAGCUACUUGUUGGGAAGGAGGUAUUCGUGUUCCGGGUCUCCUGCGCUGGUCGGGAGUUUUUGAAGCUGGUACUGUAAUUAAUGAGACAACAAGCAACAUGGAUAUCUUCCCCACAAUCGUUGCACUUUCAGGUUCUAGCCUCCCACAAGACAGGAUUAUUGAUGGAUAUGAUCUGACGCCUUUGAUUCAAGGAAAAAGUGUCAAGUCUGAACAUGAAUUUCUUUUCCAUUACUGUAAUGCAUAUUUAAAUGCCGUACGAUGGAAUCCGAGAAACAGUAAAUCACUUUGGAAAGCAUUCUUUUUCACUCCAAAUUUUCAACCCCAGGGUUCCAGUGGCUGUUUUGAUUCCCAUGUCUGCUUUUGUUAUGGAGAAUCUGUCACACAUCAUGACCCCCCAUUACUCUUUGAUCUGUCUAGAGACCCAGAAGAAAAAAGUCCUCUCACGCCACAAACGGAAAUUCAUUAUUAUACAAUUCUUCAAACAAUUCUGCAAGCAACAAAAAAACAUACAGAAUCCCUUCCAGUGGUAGAUAAGCAGUUAUCAUGGAAUAACAUCAUUUGGAAACCCUGGCUUCAAGCAUGCUGUUCAUCCUGGUUUUAUUUGUGUUACUGUGACAACGAGAAGGAAUUGGGGAUGGACUGGACCAGCAAAAAAUAAUAGUGAAGUCUAUCUUAAAUAUUGAAUUUUAUGUCCCCUGAGAAUAUAAACUCCUGCCUUAUUUCUCUUACCUACUGCAGAUCCUGGAUCACAAUGUAUUGUAGGUGGCAGUUUGAUUUCCAAAAGUUACCUGGGGCUGUACCUUACACAUUCUAUCAUUCUCCCCUCCUGGUUCUGUUCUUAGUAAUCCCUAUAAUAUACAUCAGUUUUACAGGACUGCAUUCCCCUUUUAUGUAUUUAUCCUGAAGCAUGUUCACUUAUACUUUGUUACAAUUGUUCUGUCAGGAAAAUGAUUCACUUUGGCACAUCACAAGUUAGAUAUAUAUGAGCAUUCCAUAGAUGUGAUUUGAUGUUGGAUAAAAAAGGACAUUCUCUCUGCUACACUAAACAGCAAAACACAGUUCCCUUUGGUUUAAAAAUAAAAUUAUAACAACAUUCAA